AUGACAUUUACUGGCUUCUUUAUCAUCUGUAUGCUGAUGAACAUGCUAACAGAUGCCCGAUCCAUCCAGGAUGGAGAUGAUCCCUACCAGGAUGCUGCAGCCUUGCCCUACUGGCCCUUCUCAUCCAAUGAUUUCUGGUCCUAUGUGGAAUAUUUCCGGACCUUGGGAGCCUACAACAGGAUCGAUGACAUGGCCAGAGCCUUCUUUGCCCAGUUCCCUUUUGGGAGCCACCUUGGAUACCACGUGCGUGACCACGAGCACUGA